AUAUAGAACACACAAACAUCGACACAAAAAAUCUUUGAAUUACUUUAACUAACUCAUCAUUCAAGAAAAAACCAAGCAUGGAUUGGUUCUCAUGGCUUUCAAAAGCAGGCCUUGAUCCUUCCCUAGUAUAUGAAUACGGACUACUCUUUUCACACAACGAGCUUGAAGAAGAAGACAUCAAGUACUUCAACCACGAGUUCCUCCAGAGCAUGGGGAUCUCCAUAGCCAAGCACAGGCUGGAGAUCCUCAAGCUCGUUCAUCGGAACAAGGCCGCCACCGCGGCAACGGCGAAGAAGUACAAAACCAAUAAUUACCCGACGAUACUCCAUGUUUCAAGGAUCAUGCAUGCAUUCAAGAAGACAAGAAGGUGCUUGUCAAGUUACUUGAAAACAAUGAUUGGUUGCGAGGACUCCACGCUCGCCGUGGUUCCAAUACCAAGGCCUUGUUCUUCGUAUGGAACCAUGGCGAAGUGGAAGAGCGCGGUGUUGAAGAGGAGCAACACCAAGAAUCAAAACAAUUAUCAUUAUCAUCAUCAUCAUCAUCAUCAAGAGAGGCUGUUGCUUACAAAUGGAAGCCCUAUAACAUCAUCAACAAUGGUGGUUCCUGCAUUACCUGCUCCUGAUGGAUUCUAUAGUAGUCCAAUGGUUUACCAUUUCCAGAAGGAAGAGAAGAUGGACGCCGGCGAUGACGACGACGGAUAUUGGUCUUCUGCGGUUCAAGAUUUCAGGUGGGAUAGUAUGUUCCAAGAUCUAAAGCCUAACUGAAUUUUCGAAGAGGCCAUGGCAACAUCAUUAUUGUCUGAACCUUGAAACAUGCAAAGGAAGGCCCUAGACAUGUGACAACAUGAUGCCUAAUUAUUUACUCAAAUUGGGGGUGAUUGGUGAGUUUUAGAUUAGGGAUUUCUAAGAUAUUGGAAUUUAUUUAAAUGCAUCAUAUAUAAUUUAAAUACACUUCAAGUAACAAUUAAAUUGUAUUUAGGAU